AUGAGGGCUCGGCCUAAACGAGAUUCCAGCUAUGCGUCCAAUCGCUUGACGAGAGACAAUCCUCCGCCAGGGCAUCUUUUGUCUACUUACAGAGACUCUGAGACCGGAGGGGCGAAAACCAGAGCUGCAAAAUCGGUUGCAAAGGCCACGCAACUGGUUACCAAGACAAAGUGCGACGUUGAUACGAAUGAUGAGCGUUUGAGCUCCGACAAGGCGGUAACCAAGGACACCAAAGCGAAUAUCGUUCAAUCAAGCAUUGAAACAGGACAGGAUGUUGAUAUAGAUGCUGAACCUCUAAGCUCUGACGAAGAGGAAACCGCAAACAAGGAAGCGGACAUUGCUCAACCAAGCAUUGAGAAAAAGACGGAUGUUGAUACAGAUGCGGAUCCUGUAAGCUCCGAGGAAGAAGAUAGUGACGAGGAUUCUUUGCCAGACCGUAAAGAGGUGAACUAUACCACUAAGACAUUGAAGGAAAAGCUGGCGGCAAAGAACAAUGGGUCGCAAACUAGUCCUGAAGUUCGCAAUGGGAAUUUGCGCAAAAGCCAUCCUGCGCGAAAUUUCAGCAAUAUGAUGGGUUCGGACGAUGAGGACUCACUCGUCUUUUCGGGUUCCUCGCAGCCUUUCAAGCGGCGCAAGGAAAAAAAAUAUCCGUCGAGGUUCUCCAACAAAUCAUCUCUCCCUCCGCGGUCUCCUGCGACACGCAGAGAAUCAUCGCCAGCGGUUGAAGCCUCCAAAGAGCCCGAUGCCGCCAAAGAACCAGAAGAUUCUUUCAUAGUCCCUAAGGACAUUUGUUCAUCGGGUUUGAGAGAGCCUCGUGGUGGGGAAGAGUCUAAUUCUAGUUUCUCGCACGGUGCAUUCUCCUUGGAGGAUCUCAAAGCAUUGGGUAGUGAUGACUCACCUCUCUCAUCCCCAUCUUCAUCUAUAUGUGGAAAACUAUCACAGUCUGAGGAAUUAGGAGACAAAGAGGACCGUCAACUAGCACCGGCCCCCAAAGCUUUAUGUCCGCUGUGCCAUAAGGAAGUAGAUCCGAUGCUACUCGAAAUCUUCAGAUCACAGAAAAAGCAACGCAUUCGCGAACAGGUUCAGUUCUGUGAGUCGCACAAGAUUCAUAGCGCGGUUGAACAGUGGAAUGAGAGAGGGUACCCUACAAUGGACUGGGAGAACUUUGAAGAACGUGUUCAGAGCUAUUUCCCCAAACUUGAGAAACUGCUCGUCCCCGGGACCUUCUCUUAUUACCGAAACAUUCUUGAUGCCUCUUUCUCGUCUGGACAAGCGAAGAACUCCCGGCUGAGGGCGGAAGAUGACAAGGGACUUGAGAUGAUGACCUGUGGAUAUUAUGGUGCGCUGGGUGCAACGAAAAUGCUCGAGGUUGUCAUUCGUCGCUUCUCUGUGCUAGUGCGUCGCCUGGCCAUAACAGAUUCCAUGAUCAAGGCCGUGGGCGUGGCUGGCUAUACUCAGUCUGUCAUUGUUCCUGAGCUGGCUGUGCUUAUGGUCAAGGAUGACAUGGAAGUGAAUGAUGAAGAUGCACGCCAGAUCCUGAGGGAGAGUAUGGAUAUUGGUGGACUACUCCACCCAGAUCACAAUGUCGUUCCGAUACCAGAAGAAGAAGAGGGAGAAAAAGAACAGAGAGAAGACGAAGAAGAAGAGGAACUAUGA